GCCGGGCCGAGGGAGCCGGGCUGAGCCCCCGCGCCGCUGCCCGGCGGCCGCAGCGGCCCCCAUGGAUUUCUACGAGGCGCAUCCCUCCGGCAAGGUGGACUUCGGCAGUAAAAGACCCGUGUUGGUUCUUCAGAAUGACUCACUCUACUCUCAGAGACGUCCUUACACCAAUGAAGAUGAGGCCUGGAAAACUUUUCUUGAAAAUCCCCUCACAGCAGCUACCAAAGCUAUGAUGAGCAUCAAUGGGGAUGAAGACAGUGCAGCUGCCCUCGGACUGCUCUAUGAUUACUACAAGGUUCCAAGGGAGAGGAGAUCUUCAACAGCUAAGCCUGAGGUAGAACAUCCUGAACAAGACCAUAGCAAAAGGAACAACAUCCCAAACGUGACAGAACAGUCCCUCAUUUCUGCUGGAGAAAACAGAGUCCAAGUUCUGAAAAAUGUGCCUUUCAAUAUUGUCCUUCCACAUACCCCCCAGAUGGGCAUGGACAAGCGAGGCCACCUCACAACCCCUGACACAACGGUCACCGUUUCGAUCGCCACAAUGCCCACGCAUUCCAUCAAAACAGAGACGCAGCCCCACGGCUUUGCCGUGGGCAUCCCGCCAAGCGUGUACCACCCUGAGCCGCCCGAGCGGGUGGUGGUCUUCGACAGGAACCUCAAUCCCGACCAGUUCAGUUCCAACACCCAGCCUCAAAACUCCCAGAGGCGAACACCAGACUCCACCUUCUCGGAGACUUUCAAGGACGGUGUGCAAGAGGUUUUCUUUCCUACUGAACUGAAUCUCCGAAUGGCCAACAUGAAUUCAGAAGAUUAUGUUUUUGACAGCAUUUCAGGGAAUAACUUUGAAUACACUCUGGAAGCCUCCAAGUCCCUCCGACAGAAGCCUGGGGACAGCACAAUGACUUACCUGAAUAAAGGGCAAUUUUACCCAAUCACGCUGAAAGAAGUCAGCAGCACUGAAGGAAUCCAUCACCCCAUCAGUAAAGUCCGAAGUGUUAUUAUGGUUGUGUUUGCUGAAGACAAAACAAGGGAAGAUCAGCUCAGGCACUGGAAAUAUUGGCACUCAAGACAGCACACAGCCAAACAAAGAUGCAUUGACAUAGCUGACUACAAGGAGAGCUUCAACACCAUCAGCAACAUUGAGGAGAUCGCGUACAAUGCCAUAUCCUUCACCUGGGACAUCAACGAGGAAGCGAAGGUUUUCAUUUCUGUGAACUGCCUCAGCACAGAUUUUUCCUCUCAGAAGGGAGUUAAAGGCCUGCCCCUGAAUCUUCAGAUCGACACUUACAGCUACAAUAACAGGAGUAACAAACCUGUCCACAGAGCCUACUGCCAAAUUAAAGUCUUCUGUGACAAGGGAGCAGAGAGGAAGAUCAGGGAUGAAGAGCGAAAGCAAAGCAAAAGAAAAGGCAAGUGCACUGAUCCCAGCUCUCAGUUGAAUGCCUUUUCUGAUGUCAAAGUGCCCAUGCUUCCCUCACACAAACGUACCGACAUCACCAUCUUCAAGCCCUUCAUGGACCUAGACACUCAGCCUGUCCUGUUCAUCCCUGAUGUUCACUUUGCAAACCUGCAGCGUGGGGCUCACGUCCUUCCUGUUGCAUCAGAAGAACUGGAGGGUGAAAGCUCCAACCUGAAGAGAGGAGCUUAUAUUGGUGAAGAGGACUUUAUUGCUACUCCAAAUAAGAUGGGCAGAAUAGAAGAGCCAAAAAGAGUGUUGCUGUAUGUCCGAAAAGAGUCAGAGGAAGUCUUUGAUGCACUAAUGUUAAAGACACCAUGUCUGAAAGGCCUCAUGGAAGCGAUAUCUGACAAGUAUGAUGUUCCUUUUGAUAAAAUAGGAAAAAUCUUCAAAAAAUGUAAAAAAGGAAUUCUGGUCAACAUGGAUGAUAACAUCGUGAAACAUUAUUCUAAUGAAGAUACCUUCCAGCUGCAGAUUGAAGAGGUUGGAGGAUCUUACAAGCUCACUCUGACUGAGAUCUAAGAUCACAGAUCACUGUGGAUUUUAAACAAAGGUCUCAAGUGAACAUUUUCCCAUAAUUCAGUAUGUUGGGCAAAACACUAAUCACCUCCAGAAGAAAGCCAGAUGUUUGACUUGUUCUGGGGAGCAGAGCAGUGGUUUUGCUUAAUACAUUUGUGUUUGUGUUCUUGCUCAUGACCUUAUUUGCACUUGAAAUGGGCAAGGAAAGAUUGGCAAUUAAAUGGAGAGCAUGUAUAUAUUUUUACUAGUGUAUUAACCACUAGUAAGUAUGGGAGGGAAAAUCUCCUGGAAGGUGGCCUUUUAGACUGGUGAUGUCUUAUUUAUCUAUUCAGUAACCAUGUUUGAGCCUGUUAUCAGCUAAUACCGUUUUACUGGACUGUUUUCUGCUAGGGAGAGCUGCAAAACUACUAAUUGAUACUAGUAGGAGUUGCAUGCAGGUUGGAGAAAAGUCUAUAAUGUUUACUUGUGACCAGGGCAGACUGUUGAAAUCACUUGCCAUUUGGGGGAAAUGUAAAACUGCCUUGCUUAUGAAGAACUCGCCUUAGUAACUGUGUGAACUCUCAUCAGAUGAAGCUAUAUUGUAUAUAAGUGCAAUAUAUUUUUGAAGGUUUGUAAAUGUGUACAUAUAAGCAAUAUAUAAUAUAUAAAAAAUAUGGUGUUCUGUAUAUACCGUGAAUAUAUGCGAUGAAGCCCAUCUAAAAGGAUGCCAUAUACAGAGAAAACAUAUUUAAUGUAGAUAUUUAAAAAUGGACAAACCCUUAUCAUGCACCAAAGGUGAGCACACAUUUGUAGAUUCAUAGAAGGCACAAGAGACCUGCUUGUUAAACAUGGAUCUUCCUAUGUAGAAGGAAAAAGAUAGCAGCUGUCUCCUAAAUCUUCAUGCACAGGCAGGUGGUGGAAGUCUUGGUUUCUGUCAUGAACUGCCACUGCAUCCUGAAACAGCUGUGUACUGCUGUCCUGGGAGGUAAUUUGGGCCAAGUCUGAAAGCUGGUUCACAAGAGAAGCUGGGCAGAUGCAUUUCUCUUGAAGUCUCGUGUUUGGGGGUUGGGAAGAAGGUCUUCUGGAGGUUGGAUUUUUUUCUUUAGCGGUGUACAGCAGCUCAGGCUGGAUGAACCCAUGGGCUAGAUGGAGCCAGCUUGCAAGGCCUAGGAUGUCAACAACUGGAAAUGCACAGGCAAGGCUUUUGAGAGAGGAAGGUGGCAAAAUGGCUCAGCAGGCUCAGUGUUAGCAGGGAGUAGGGCCUCCAGGUAGAUUAUGCAUUCUUGGUGUCUGUAUGUACCAUGGACCUGCUGCUGAGCUGGAGAGACCCGGUGGGCACAGCAGGCAUCCUGAGCCCCAGCUGGGAGUUCCAGAUGCCUCCAAAAAGUACUGCCCUAUGCUAUUUACUCAUCAUGUGCAUGUGCUUAUGAAGGAAAGGCACUCUUUGGUUAAUAGCAAGUGAGAGGAGCACUUAAAGGGCAGCACUAAGGCAAAAACCUCCCUUACACAGUGAGCAGAUGAAUGUGAGUGCCAGGUCCAGUGUCAGAGCUUUAGUUAGGGAUCUGGGUAAUGAAAGAAGUUUCUAACAUUUUCAGACAGUACCAAGCUGCACAUACCUCACCUAGGACAUUGAAGGUCAGCCUGGAAAGACUGGAGAAAUAGUCCGGAAAAGUAGCAUAUGCUUUUACUUAAUAAUUAACAAUUUACAUAAUGGUUGACAGAUUGUAGCCUACUAUUGUUUAGCUCUCUCAUGGUGCUGUUGAUCAACAGGAGCAUGACCUGUAAGAAAUAGGAGACCUCCCCCCUUUGGCUCUGCUGCAUCGCUGAGGCCUCUGUGAUGAGGCCUCAUCAGCGCGGCUCAGACCAUGUGGUCCUUCAGCCAGAGCUCAUGGCUUCUGAGAAGGAGGGCCUGCAUGAUUAGGCUGGUGAGGGGUCAUGUUCAGGUGGGAUGAUUGAUGGGAGCAGCCUCCUUGACCCGUGUCCUCCUUAGCCAUGGCAAGCACAAGGAGGUAGUGCGUGUAAAUCACAGAGAUUCAGGCGGGGUGUUGAGGCGGUUUUCUCUAGUGAGAAGAGCAGGUUGCCCAUGGAGGCAGUGGUUUGGCAUCAAAGGUCUUCAGAGCCAGGCUGAGCAAAGGUAUCUCUGGACUGUCACAGGUGUAAUUGAUUCUCCCUUGGUGAUGAGUCCAGGUGACCACUUGAAAUCCCUCCCCACCUUUUUUGAUGAUUUAUAUAAAAUACAGUAUUUUGGAAUUUGUAUCAAUCCUGAGCUGGUUCAUUCCAUUCCCCCCUGUAUUCCUUCCUUCUCCUCCUUUGUUGAUGGGCCCCAACAGAGGGUUGGUGAUGCUCUGGGCACUGCAUGCUCUCCUCUUUGCCCUGUGGCUGGAGUUGAGCAAACUCCACGCAGAUGCAUCUACGACCAUGGGCUCGAGGCCGAAGGGGAGGCUGAUGUGCAGCACGAUGCUGAAGGGACUUGGCCAGCACCUGCCACCCUGUACAGGGCCCCACUGCCAGCAGAGCAGCCACGGGACUCGUACCCAGCCAGCAGCAGCCUCCUGCUUGGGCUUCCCUUCGGCAGUCACGGGAAAAGUUUUACUAUGGCAAGGGAGUUUUUUUAAAAAACCUGAUAUAUAGGAUGCAUAUAUAUAUUUACACAUUUUUAUUGAAAAUGGAAGUUUUAUUACAGAAACUUGGUCUAGGGUCAGGGCAGUAGAUUUAGAGUCUUCAUAGAGGUAAGAUUGACAUGAAUGUUAUUUCUUUUUACUGCUUAAUGAAGUAUGUGAACUCUAUCUGACGAUUGUUUUCCACUAUAAGAUAUGCUGGGACACGGGUCUUAUAACAGUAGGAGCAAUGUCAUGUAUGUUUUAUGAAACUGAUUUUUUGUUGUUGUUGUUUUGCCUGCUGUUUUUUAAUUGAAAAUGUAUU